AUGAAUGAAAUGACUGCACCACCCUCUUCCAGAGUCCUCUUUUCAACGGAGACAACGCCACCCAUUACCGAGUUGGAGGACCUCCACAACAAUUCUGUACCCUCGACAGGCUCAUACGAACUGCCUACUAGCCAUCCACUUUCUCGGAAUCAAGUGAAUCAUCAUUCUGAGGUGCUUCUCAACGGAAAUAGUGAUGAUGAGGAAGAAAUUGAUAUGAAAGAAGAUAAAGCCUUUAUACAUACUUCCCCACCACAAAAUCAACCAAAAAACUCUUCCCAAAAGGAGCUUAUUUCUCUCAACAUCAUGUUCCCUAAAUAUUACUUUAGUAUUGCCAAACAUAUCUUGAUCUUCAUGUCUGUGAUGAUCAUUUGUGCCAUGUGCUCAGGUUUUGUGUUCCGAGAGAGUACCAAGUUAAGUGUACCGUAUUUCCGAGUGGGAGAGUAUGCCUAUCAACAAGGAACGCUCAUUCAUGGCCACUUCUUUUCCAUUGGAGUGUUCAUUCCUCUUACCUUAUUGGUCAUGCUCUUCAUUUCCUUCAUGAUUUCAGGAAGAGGCGUGAGCAAAGGAAUUUUUCAUGGUGGAUUUAUCAUUUUUGAAAUUGGAGCUAUCCUGGCCCUUUUGGCCUUCUGUUAUAAAGCUCUUUCAUUCCUGUCGCUGGUGAAAGAAUCACCUAAUAUCAACAUUCAUGAAUUAGAAUUAAGAACAUGGGGUUCAACCAGUUCCUUUGGAGGAAAAAACGAUGGCUCUGGAUCCAUGGGAGCAAAAAUGUUGAGAAUGAUCUAUUUUGGUUUUUCACACGGCUUUAUGCUAAUUGGACUUGCCAAGUGCGUUCUGGUCAUUGUGUAUUCUUUGAUGCGAAAAAAGAAUAAUUAA